AUGAAGUGCAGAGAAUUUAUACGAACCCAUCCAGUUGUUGUUAGUCAAAUUGUCAAUGUGUGGGAUGUCAAACAAGCUCGCUUGUUACAAACUUUUCAAGAGCUGACUAAAACAUUCACAGAAACUUUUUCUGUCUCAGCAUUUUACGAUGAAGAUCUUCGUGAAUUCAUCAUCGCAUCGAGAAGAAUUGCAUACUUUAAAUGUCAGCCAAAGAUUGACUUGAACAAGACUGACGGCUUCACAGAUACGUCUCAAAUUCCGCUUAUUUUGUUUAACAAACUUUUUGGGUUUCUCGUGACUUGCAGCAAGUUGAGCACCAUAAUCAUUUGGGAUGUUUGGAGAGGACGUAAAGUCAACUUUAUUCUUGGGGCGCAUACUCAAUUGAAGCAUAACGAGGUUCAACUGGUUGAUAUAAUGGCUGGCUGUUCUGAUCCCAUUCAACUCUUUCUCUUAACCGCGGGCAUUGAUGGGACUUUAAACUAUUGA